UGCACUAACUGAUAAACUGUCAGAGAAUGGGCUACAAAGAGAGACAGCCCACAGACAGGCCGCUCUGAGCCGCUCCCCUCCCCCACUGCUCUCACAGUUACAGUUUGAAUUUUGCCUCAGACGCGGCCGGUGGGAGGGUUUUGCGUUCUUAUUGGCUGCGGGCGGUCACAUGACAUUCUGGCGCCAUGUUGAGGCCCCGCCUCUUUACUCGCCGCUGAGCCUAUCGAGGGGGGGCAGCGGGAUCCAGGGCACACCGUGCUGCCAUUUAUUGUAAAUAGUGCGCUAUAAUAGGGGGAAUCCCUGCAGCCUGUCAGGCCGACACACAGCUUCCGGCCGCUAGGACCCGCGCGCACAGCCUCCCUGAACGGACUGAGCCAUGGCCACCUCCACUCCCAGCAAUCCCAGGCAGUCCGCCCGGCGCAGCGCCGUGGGCACCCCGCUCAGCCCCACUCGGAUCUCCCGCAUGCAGGAGAAGGAGCAGCUGCAGGAGCUCAACGACCGCCUGGCCGUCUACAUCGACAAAGUGCGCAGCCUGGAGAGCGAGAACAGCGUGCUGCAACUGCAGGUCACCGAGCGCGAGGAGGGGCGCAGCCGCGAGGUCACCGGCAUCAAGGUGCUGUACGAGACCGAGCUGGCCGACGCCCGCAGGAGCCUGGACGACACGGCCCGGGAGAGGGCCAAGCUGCAGAUCGAGCUGGGCAAGCUGAGGGCGGACCACGAUCAGCUCCUUAACAAGUGAGCCGGGGGGGGGGGUCAUUCAUCCAUACAUCCAUACAGAGAACCGGUCUGGGGAAACGCCAUGUGAGCAACUUUACUACAGCGCUGGCUGGGCGUCAUGAGAGUGGUGAAUCAAAUGGGGUGGCGGGGGGGAGAGACGGCAAAGCAUUGUCUGGAGUUCAUCCAUACAGGGGAAGAGGAAGAGGAGGAGGGGGGGGGGGUUCAUUCAUGCAGAGUGUCCCUAACACAGGCACUGUAUCACUACAGCACUGGCUGGGCAUCGUGAGAGUGGUGGUUCAAAGAGCUGGGGGGGUCAUUAAUACAGAGAGUCAGACAAUGAGAGCAUUUUGUCACAUCUACAGCGCUGGCUGGGUGACAUGAGUGGUGGUUCAUAAAGCUGGGGGUGUCAGUAUGCUCCAUACACGGAGAGUAGACUGGAAGCGGUGUAAUGUGAUCACUUUGUUACACAGACAGGGUUACGUGUGGGGUUUUUGUUGUGUUUUUUUUUGCCUUGUCAAUGCAAGGAAAAUAUAUGUAAAAAUUCUCUUAAAAUGGAUGUACCCAUUCCUGGAUGUGUGUCUUUGUCUUUCAGUAGCUGGAUUGAAAUCUUGUGACUGUAGUAAUUACCCCUCCCCCUACCACUAUUCAAUGAACUGGAGGGGGUUCCCUGUUAACACAUUGUCAGCAGACAGUCUACUGAUCGAUCUAUGGCAGAGCCAGUGUACUGGCUAUGGAAAAAUGUUCUGUUUUUUAAAUUGUAUUUUGCAUACAAGAUAUAACUUUGUGCACGUGUGCUCAUUUUAUUAUGUUGGAAUCUGUUUACUAUUUUUUUUUUUUUUUUCUACUCCAGGACAGGGGAUUUGGUUCACUUCUGUCAAUGCAGUGAUCUGGGCGUUGUAUAUGUUCACUUUCUCUACUUCUCAUUCAUUGCUAUAGACCUCUUAGACUGACACACCCGCCCUAUUUCCUGCCUGUAAAAUAAUGUAGAUCACAUUUGGCGCUAAACAAUGCUGCCCAGUAUAGUGUUGAGUAGUUUGUAGAAUUCAGUGUCUCCUAUUAUGUUGACCUUGGUCAUUAAUGUGGAGUCUUACCCGUAAUACUCUGUGAAUCUCCCCCUCCCCACCCCCCCACUGAGGUCUCUACUAGACUGCAGUGUUAUUUCUAAAAGUCAGAAUUCAAAAUGAACUUCAAAUUUAAGGCCCAAAAUGAAUGCAUAACUGAAGGGAUAUAGCUAAAUAGAUCAAUUUGAAGAAAAAUUCCAAUCAGCUAUUCCAUUUUGGCUAUUUUGAAAGGAAUAACCCUGUUAUAUUGCUUGAAAAAUUGUAAUCUCCCGUUCCUGCCAUAGAAUUGUUUGUGUUUAGCAUAGUGUCAAAGUAAUGCCUAAUAGUCUGUGUGCUUUUGCAAGUGAAUGAUUUAUGUGAAAAUGUUUUACCAGGAGAUCUGUUUUAUUUGAAACAUUCCCCUAAUGUUUUACCCAUGCAUUUUGGUGUCUAACAUUUAAAAUCCAGUCAUCUUUCUGGGUUAAUGACUUUUUUUUUUUAAAGUGAAAGUGGGCAAGAUGUGAUAUGGUGAAGCUUGUAGUUUAAUGAUCUAACUGCAGUUAUAGUAGGGUUGAUUAAUCCUACCCUUAUCAAAACUUAACCACCAACUCCUUUUUGGGGCACAAUUCAGUCCCCCUCCCCCUCUUUUGGGUUAACAGCAUAAAUGCAUAUGAAAUGCUGAACUUGGAUAUGAUUUUAUUUAUUUGUGAUUACUAUGAUUAUUACUAGAUUACUAUGCAAGUGGUAGGGACACUCUGAAUAUCUUGGUCUAAUUUUUACCAGAUAUCACUGCAAUGUCAGCAAGUCGUGGCUGUUUGACUUGUACUCAGGUCAUAGCUCUUGCAGUGGCAGCUGCUUCUGGAUUGGGGCCAGUGUGUUAUGUGAUACUUGCACAGCUAAAACAAGUUUGCUUCUCUGUGGAUAACUGGGCUCCAAUUAGCCAUUAUGUAACAAGGAAUGGUUUUGUGGCUAUUUGUUUUACACCCACAUGAUGGUCAACUUAUCCCUCCCCCUAGUAAACCAUGCAUUUUUUUUGGUAUCAUGCAGGUACUAUUAACAAAGACUAGGUUAGAAAUUGUUAAAUGCAGUUGCUGUUCUUCUGUUCAUCAUUUUCAUACAUAUUACAGAUGUGGUAAAGUGGCUUGCUGCAUUCUUGACUAACUUCCCUAUAGUUUGAGCCCAGGGCUAAAAGUUAGAAGCCUUGAAAAAACAUUGGUGUGCCUCGCGAAUUGCAAAGCAUUAGGGGCUAUAACAAACGCUGGUAUAGCAGAUGCCCGUUCGCCUUUUUCCUCCCAAACUGCUAGAGCCUCAGUGAUUAUAGCUCGCAGUUCGGGUGUUUGGUUUGAACGAUUCUCCAUACGAAUGUCGGCUUCACAAGUGUAUUCUCCCAGCAAAGUAGACAGGUACCCAAACAUCAGUUGAGGGGUUCCGGAGUUUCAUGGAGGUCUAUUUAGAAAAGUCUUAAAACCGAAUAAAUCCACGAAACGUACCCACUGGCUCAUAGUAGCGUUUGCUCCCUUAGCUUGUGGGAACAAAAUUACCGAACAGCGCUCUCCUGGCUGGUUGGGGAAAGGAAGCAGGUGUUCCCAAAGUUUGACCAGUGUUCGGGAAGUUGCAUGUCCCAUUUUAGUUUCAGACACUCGACGACAAAGUCCCGCUGAACUGUGCAGCCCUAAGCCAGGAAGCCCCUCAGAAGUGUCCCUAGGGGCAAUGUAAACACUGCCUUUUCUCUGCAUUCAAAAAAAUCAAAGCGCUGUGUGUAUGUGUAUCUAUCGGCACUCCAGGAUUUGGUUAAAAAGUUCUUUAUUCUUAUAGAGAGAAUUUUUUUUUUUUUUAAUCUUAUUUGGGAAUAAAAUAAAUAGAAAUAUAUGCAAUGACAAGUAAUCCAUUGAGUUCUGUUGAGUUAGUGGCCAUACUAAAGCAAAAUGUGUAAAUUAGAUUUUAGCAAGAGUUUGUGCCUGUUCAUAUGAAUCAAAUCCACACACUAUCAGAUCGACUAAUUUGUUCAGGUGUGGAUUCAAAGGAAUGUGAUUUCAGAUGAACCAGAUCAAACAAACCUUUGCUCAAGUCUAGUGUAUAUGCCAUCUUUUCCAAAUUGCAGACAAGAGAUUGUCUGUCUGAGUGGUCGGGCCAAAAUCUUGGGGUGAAAAUCAGAAGUUUGUUUUAACUUGGGGAAAACAAGCAGAGGGAAAUUCAAGGGAUAAUUGUGGUAAUGCAUACAAUUCAAUCUGGAAAGCUCCUUUCACACCAUAGACAAUCAUACGGUGUAUAAGGGAUCGACCGAUUAUUGGUCUGACUGAUAUUCAGAAUUUUCAGCAAUAUCGGUAUCAGCCUAUAAAGAUACCGAUAUUGUCGAUUAUGCAGACAGAACAAUGGGGGCAGAGCUUAGCAUGUGGCGUGGACUGGUAAGUGUGGGGGUAAGCUAGGAGUCCAUGUUCCAAUAUCUACCCCAGUGCCCUUACAACCCUAUCUACCCCAGAUAUUUACACACACUGCAUCCACUAAUCAAAUCUGCUCACUGUAUCCACUACAUACAUAUAUUCUUGAAAACCUAAACAAUUCUGACCGUCAUGUAAAUUUUGUGCAUUUAACUUUUUUAAAAAAUUAGGAAAAACAAACCUGUUCAGUUAACAAUAGAUUUGUGUAGGAUUUUAUUUUUUUUUCAAAACGGUAAAUAUACAGAGUAUCGGUAAGUUAUCGACUGAAAGGUCACAGAUUAUCGGUAUCCGCUCUAAAAAAUCAAUUUCGGUCGAUCCUUAAUGUGUAUGUCCCUCAACAGAAUAUCUCUUUAGUACUACAAAGGUGUGUGACAUUACAGCACUGCAGCUCUUGCAUUCAUUCUACAAUUAUUGUGGAAAUGGGGAUGUUAACGGCAUGGUCUUUCUUUGUAUGCUGUAAUAGCUGGUCACAUGAAAGGAAAGCGUCAGCAGACAUAGCAUCUUUCCUGAAUGAUGUUGGCAACAGUGAGACUUGGGGUGCAAAGAGGGAUAUGUAACAGUAGGUAAAUAAAACUUUUUAAUAAAAAUGAACUGCGUUAAGCAGACCAUGUUGGUAACUGACUUUAUGAAAAGUAUCGGAUAACUUGUGAAAUGUCAAUAUGUACUCUAAGGUGUGGACCUGGCAUACCCAUACAGUACAUUGUUACUUUUUUAUUGCUUUGGACCCCUUUUGAUAUAGAUGAGACAUAAUAAAAGAAUAUGAUGUCCCUAGUUGUGUGGAAGCUAAAAUGUAUUUAUCUAGUGGCAAACAAUGAUUAUGGUAGUACGUAUGAAUGUAAUUUUGUUUAAGUUGUCUAUUAAAUCCACCUGCUAACUGGCUUUGCGUGCUGUGGUCUGUAUCCUGCUUAAACUCAUACCGGAUGAACAGAUGGGUUUUUUGUUUUUUUUUUGUGUGUGCUAAUACUGCUGAGUUUGUUCUGCAUUAAGCCCUCCCUGUUCUGCAUGUGACCUGCAGCCAUAUGUGAUGAAUGAGCGACUGUCUACACUGUGUACUAUCAUUGACCGAUGAGGUGCUGGGGGGAGGAGGGCUCUGGUUAUUGAGCUGGAAUGUCUGGGAUGAUUUUUACACAUGUUGAAUUUGAUCUUUGAAGGCCAUUGCUGUGCUUGCCAUUUGGUGAAACCAAAUUCUAAUGAGACAUACCGUUUGAGAUGACAGAGCAGGUGUUUGAAGUGUAAUUUUGGAUUUUUUUUUGUGUGUGUGAUGCUGAUUACCAUAUAUACUAGAGUAUAAAGUCGACUUGAAUAUAAGUCGAGACCCCUAAUUUUCCCCCAAAAAAACUGGGAAAACUUUAUUGAAUCUAGUAUAAGACUGGGGUGGGAAAUGCAGCAGCUACUGGUAAAUUUCUAAAUAAAAUUAGUCCCCCCCCCCCCAAAAAAAAAACCUAUAUUAAUUGAAUGUUUAAGGUGUGUGUGUAUAUAAUGAAUGCAUUCUGUGUGUUUUGCAGAGCCUUGGUGGGGGGUUGGGCAUUUUUAUAAUUUUUUUUUUAAAUAUAUUUUAUUUAUAUUUUCGUCCCCCUCCCUGCUUGUUAGCUGGCCAGGGAGGGGGGGGCUCUCAUUCCCUGGUGGUCCAGUGGAUGGACCGUGCAGGAGGGGGGUCUGGCAGAGAGCUGUUACUUACCUUUCCUGCAGCUCCUGUCAGCUCCCUUCUCCUCCACUGUAAAUCUUGCAGCCGCACGGAGCAUUCCCCGCGGCUCUCGCAAGAUUUACAGUGGAGCUGACCGGAGGAUAGAGAAGAGAGCUGCAGGAAAGGUAAGUUACAGCUCUCUGCCAGCCCCCAACAGGACCGCCGGGCUUGUAAUGAGCCCAGCGGUCCUGGUCUGUAUUAUGGCAAUGUAAGUUGCCAUAAUACAGACCUUGACUCGAGUAGAAGUCUAGUGCAGGGGUAGGCAACCUAUGGCACUAGUGCCAUGCACGGCACUCAAGGUGUCUUUGCACAGCAUUCAAGGCUGCUAGAGCCAAACAGGCUCUGGCCUAUCAGGAGUCCCAGUAAAACUAAAAGAUCUGCUAAUACGAAAAGCUGUUGAAUGACAAUCCUCAAUUUAUGCAUUGCAGCAUGUAGAGGGGAUCUCAGAUCACUUCCAUCCAGCACUUGUUAAUGGGAAUCCACACUGUAAUAGAGCACCCCACAGCUGCUGUUGCAGCUCCUGUCCUUGAUCUGUACCUGGCCAGCCUGGUCUCCACUGGAACACAGGGAAGCCACCCACACUGCUAGAUAUACAGAGAUAUGCAGAGUAACCCUCCCCUCAUACAAAUAAUGCAAACAGCCCAAACGCAAUCCACACAAACUCAACACCACCGACAAUCCACAUGCAUGCACACAACCCCACAUGCAGCCUCUCACAUGCAAUACCCCAAACAGCCCCUCACAUACACACACUAACAAACAUACAAUGUGACAUAUCCAUCCACACACACAAUUCUACAAGCAGCCCACAUUCAUAGGUUUAUUUACACAAUACCACAUGCUACUCAUGAACAUAUACAAUAUAAUAGCUCAUACAUGCACAAAUACAAGGAUACAAAGCAACUGCAGUAUAAAUAACACAACCACAAUAUGGCAACAUGCACACCUCAAUUUAAAAAAAUAGGACUGGCACGCUAUGGGCCAUAACAAUCUUAUUUCGGCACAGUGCUGCUAAAAGGUUGCCUACCCCUGCUCUAGUGUAUACGGUAUAUAAUUACUAUGCAAAUGUUUAGCUUUUAUUUUAGCGUGUGUAUACUUUAUUUUUUUUGUGUGCAUGUAUGUAUACUUACGCAUACUUGGUAAGCGAAAUCUAAAAACUAAUCUGUGGGUUUCUUUAUUUUAAAAGUUUUCAUAUCCUGCUUCUGUAUCCACAGAAUUCUUUAGGAAGCAACCAUGCUUCCCCCCCCCCAGCCAGCUCUUGGGCUUCACUUCUCCUGGUUGGGAAUUACUGAAUAUUUAUUUGCAUAUGUCUGUCCUCAUUUUAAGGUGAACGUGCAAGUUUAGUGUCCCAUAUCACUGAGGCAUCUUGUUCUGUUAAAGAAGCAGAGUGGAUAAUAUAUAUUUUUUGGUUUUAUUGAUGGUUUACUUGCUUAAUCUUAUUCCCUUUAAUCCCUUAAGGACAGACAAUUGUCCACUUUCAGAACCAAAAUAAAAUCUGGAACUUGGCCUACAGGUUUGUUCCAGUGUAAUUUAAUUUAAGGGUUUCUACAUGCCUACACUAAUCUUAACCUAAACACUACGCUACCUUUAACCCUAUGACCGCAAUAACCCGUACGCAGCAUACCCUUCACUUGAAAAUUGAGUAUUUCAUAAAGCUAAAAAUCUUUAUGAAAUACUCAUACUGACUUGGUAUUACCAACUCUUUCAUAAGAUACAUUGAGACAAAGUAGGAGCGUCUGUUUAAUGUUUCUUAUGCCUCUUGCUUCUAGAUACUGGGUGAGGGCUACUGUUGUCUAGAGUGUUGAUCUUCCAGCUAUCUCCAGUGACUGCUGCAGAGAAACUACAUGUAUCUAAUGCAGGUUCUCACAGAAUCUUCUCUAUAGACUCGAUGCUGUACUCUUAUGCAUGUAUCGGAGAGCAGCAGUUACGUCUGGUGCUGAAAUGUCAGGAGCGGAAGGGCCAAAAUGCCAUGGCGGCACCCGGAAGGUACAGGUUCAGCUAAUUAAAUCUUUUAAAGUCCCUGACUCUUGUUCUAAAAGGGACACUAUAGGCACACAGACCACGUCAGGUCUUUGAAGUGGUCUGGGUGCAAUAUCCCUGGUCUCUGAACCGUAACCAGUAAAUUAUUGCAGUUUUUAAGAAACUACAAUAAUUACCUGCCAGGGUAAACUCCACAUCUAGUGGCUGUCUAUCAGACAGCCACUAGAGGGUCUUUCAGGCAGUUGGGAAGGAGGACCAGAGCCAGCACCGAUCUACAUCUGUGCUUGACCUAGGUAAGUGACAAGGUUUAUGACAGAGGGGGAAGCUAUAGUUACAGGAAUAGGGGGUUUGUUUUCCUGGCACUAUAGUUUACCAUUUAUUUUUGUGUUGAAGUUUAUGUAAGCUUGUUUGAGCAGAGAACUCCUCUACCUAUUGUAACCUGUAACAUUUUGUUAUUGUCUCAUUUGUUAAAUUCCCCUUUUAAUGUAAAGCGCUGCAGAAUAAUUUGGCGCUAUAUAAAUACCAAUAAUAGUGCGCACUUUUUUUUUUUUUAUAUUGUGAGGCUAAUUAGUCUGGUAGAUUGUUUUGGGAGAUGGUUUGGACUCCAUUGGAACUUGUAGAUCCAAAGGCAUCAGAAUAUGUUUUACAUUUCAAAAGUACACUUCUGCCAAAAAAAAAUAUAUCUCACUUUAGCAAAUAACCCGGUCUAUAAUAAAGUGAGAACUCAAAUUGCAUUUAAAAUUGCCAAACUGGAAGAAUUCUCUAAGUCAGUUAUGCAUCCACUAUGGCUAUUCUGGCUAUAAAUUUUAAAUUCACUUUGAAACAGACGAGUACUGAAGACAUUGAUUUAUGUUAUUUAUAUAGCGCCAUCAAAUUCCGCAGCGCUUUACAAUGGGUGGACAAACAGAUAUGUUGUAACCAGACCAGUUGGACACACAGGAACAGAAGGGUUGAGGGCCCUGUUCAAUGAGCUUACAUGCUAGAGGGAGUGGGGUAAAUGACACAAAAGGUAAGGAUAGUAUUAGACUGACAGUUGCAGAAGAGGAAUCAGUCGGGAGUUAUUAACAGUUUAAUUGAUACGCUUGUAAGAAGAAGUGGGGUUUUUAACGAUUUUUUUUUUUUUUUGGAGUGGAGACUGGGUGAGCAUCUAACGGAGGCGGGAAGAGUUCCACAGGAACAGUGCAGGCCUCGGGAAAUCUUGAAGGCGAGCAUCAGAGGUGGGCGUAUAGACAGAUAGACAUAAGAUUGAUAAAAUAAUUAAACUGUUGGAAGUGCAUGGGUGCCACCUAGUGUCUCUUAUGAUUCACAAUAAAGAGGAUUUUGAUAUGCAAAAUGUAUUUCAGGUAUCUGGUUAAAUUGUAGUUCAUAUUAUGGCCUGCAUCUAAUUAGAAGUGUUUUAUCAUGUACAAAUACUGCAGAUGUAUUGUACUUACAGCCGUGGGUGUUUGUGUUUUUUUUAUUUGUUUUGAGAACACGAUGUAAGGUAGAAGUACAGAAUGUAGCAUAUAAAACACAGUACAAACCAAAUUUGUUUUAACCUUGUACAGCCAAUGAAAUUCUGUGCCACUGUUGGCAGCAAUUUGGUUAUUAGUAUUGUCAUCUUCUUAGCCUCAUGUCAAUCAUAAUUACAAGCUCAGUCCUUUGUACCUGGCAGUCAGAAUAACGAAAGCAUGCAAAUAAAAGAGGAUAAGAGCAUGUUUUUAUUUCUUGAUUAAUGAUGCUUGCCCCAACUUUUUUUUUUUUUUCUGAACUGUUUGCUCAUUGGGGUGCUAGUGCUAGGCACCCAGUCUGAGGCUUCCUGAUUGAAGCCUCAGAUCAACCAAGGAUGAUGCUAGGUCUAAUGGUUUAACCCAGCGGUUCCCAAACAGGGUUGCCGCAAAAUAUUUCCCCGGUGUUAUUACAGCGUGCCGUGCCUCGUUCUCCCCUACAGGACCAAAGGGUAGAUCAGAGAUCUUCACCAGCCUGCUAGCACUGAAAUGCUGCAGGGGAGGGAGAGCACCUGGAAGCUCUAACCUGCAGGUUCACCUCUCGCAAACUUGAAACAUUGCUGUGGUUAUCAUAGAAAAGCUCAGAAUCUUGUGAGAGUGAACUCUUACCACUAGACCCACCAGGGCUUCCCCACCAGACCACCAGGGUUUAGUACUGUCCCUACUCCCAGGUAAAGGGGGGUGGGAGGGAAGUGCUCUUAAUCUGUCCUCCUCCCCAUAGACUCACAAAAGCUCCCCCCAUACACACACUGCAACCCUCACACUUCAUCCUUCACACACAAACUACUGCUCCUAUCCCAGCAGAUCGCAGGUAAGUUGUAAAACUGUUCAUAAACAGUUUGACUACUUACCCUGGGAGGGCACCUGCACUCCUGGCACCAUAACCACUACAGAGUGCUGUAGUGGUUGUGCCUGGAUUGUUUCUUUAAAUAGCCUACCAGUGCCCUUUCCGAGAUUAGGUUCUGGUUCCGCCGCUGAACGGGAAACCUAUCUGCUUAACAGGGGCCCAGUAUAUGCUGCAGCACUGUACAUGUAUACAACCCAGAAAUUUUUGACUUGGGCGCCUUGGAAAAAUAUUGAAUGUAAAAGUUUGGGAACCACUGGUUUAACGCCUCUAAGCAAGACAGCAUCUGAAACUGCCACACCACAACAACUUAGUUGUGAUACUAGAGUGCCAGGGUAGUCCUUUUACAGUUAGGCCUGUUUAUGUGCAGUAAGCAAACGUAGUUGGGUCCAUACACACCUAGGUAGAGGUGUUUCUUUCUUUUUUUCAAAAACUUUUGAAGAAGUCAGACUGUGUUCCUUUACAAAUGUAUUUUGAUAGCCUUGGAAGUAUUCAUGUUGCUUAUUUGUAAUGACUGCUAACCAGGCACUUACAGAUUAGCAUUCUCUACCAUUUCCUAAAUUUUGGUGGGUUUUUUUUUUUUUUUUGAGACCCAUCUCUCCCACACACCAUUAUUGAAACUCAAAUAUCAUCAAUUUUUAUUUAUUUUUUUUAUUUUUUUUUGAGCUGACACCCUUGUAUCGGUAUUUCUCUGAAGCUGUAACUCCUAAUGUCCUUUUUAGAUAACCUGUACAAAACAUUGAAAAAUGUUGCAGUGAGCUCUGAUGCCUGAAGUAUUUCUUUAAAGGACCACUAUAGUGCCAGGAAAACAUACUCUUUUUCCUGGCGCUAUAGUGCCCUGAGGGUGCCCCACCCUCAGGGACCCCCUCCCACCUGGCUCUGGAAGGGGGAAAGGGGUAAAAACUUACCUUUUUCCAGCGCUGGGUGGGGAGGUUUCCUCCUCCGAGUCGGCUGAAUGUGCACAUGCGGCAAGAGCUGCGCGCGCAUUCAGCCGGUCACAUAGGAAAGCAUUCAUAAUGCUUUCCUAUGGACGCUUGCGUGCUCUCACUUUGAAAAUCACAGUGAGAAGCACGCAAGCGCCUCUAGUGGCUGUCAAUGAGACAGCCACUAGAGGAUUAGGGGGAAGGCUUAACCCAUUUAUAAACAUAGCAGUUUCUCUGAAACUGCUAUGUUUAUGAAAAAAUGGGUUAACCCUAGCUGGACCUGGCACCCAGACCACUUCAUUAAGCUGAAGUGGUCUGGGUGCCUAGAGUGGUCCUUUAAAUUAUGGAAAAAAAGUACUCCCAACAUUUUUGAGGUCACAAAACCCCUCAAAGAGAUUCAAACUUUGGUUAAUGACCAGGCCAAUAUCUGAACUGAUGAGUGGAGAUUUGCUGUGUAUUUAGUUUAGGCUGUUGCAUUGUUUUUCAGUCGAUACACCUAUUUAUCUUCUGUCAUGGGUCAGUGGCAUCCACGACCCUGUGUGGCCAUUAAACACACCAGGCAAAUGCCUUGUGAGCCAAGAAGAUCAAUGGAUCUCACUGGCUGACAUUACUCAAGCUUUGGCCCAGAGUGGGCUUACAUUGCUGGUGGGCAGAUCAAAGAUUUCAAUCACUGGCCACCCCACUCUGAUGCAUGAUAGAGGGAGACUUUAAAAAAAAUUGGUCUUCACCUACUACAGGUUACCACGCCAGCGUUCUCCUGCUUUUCACAGCACUGGCUGGAAGGAGAAGCCUACUGGGGCUGCAGACAAGUUGUAGUUCCUACUGAACCACUUGUGAGAAAUAUAAUUUUAAAAGGUAUAUCCUAUAACCCAAGGAUACACUUGUGAGUGGUGAUUGUAUGUUUGCUUAUCACCCAGGGCCCUGUAAAGUACUGUCCUCCCCUGUCUACAAUAAUUUAACAUACUUUUUGCCUUCAAGCAUUCUUCUAAAUUUGAAACACUUUUUUUUUUUUUUUUUUUUUAAAUCAAAUGCUUAUUCUCCUUAACAGCUACUCUAAGAAGGAAUCUGAUUUCACUUCCCUACAAAGCCGGUUUCGUGAAAUUGAAACUCUCCUCAACUCCAAAGAUGCAGCCCUGGCCACUGCACAAGGCGAGAACAAAUCCCUGGCGAUGGAACUGGAAGAUCUUAAAGCAGAGCUGUCUCAGGUAGGAAGUUGCCUCCGUUUAAUAAUGGGUUUGGUGCUUUUUACAUCUGUCAUAUCUCAACACAUUGUUUUUUCCUAUUUCUUUCUCUAGAUCUUGUAAUCAUUCUACUUUCAAAUGAUCUUGUUUUACAUGACAUCACAAGCUGACUCUAUCAGUGGUUUUGUUAUUAACAUUGUUGCUGCAAAUUAGAUUGUGUCCUUUGCUAUAGAAGAUGCCUGUAUAUUUAAAUGUUAAUUUCACAAUUUAAAGCAGUCUCCAUUUUGUACUUUAUAUUUUUUUUUCUCUUUCCCUCUAGUUUGAAGCUGCCUUAGCAAUGGCGAGGAAGCAGGUUGGCGAUGAAACAUUGUUAAAAGUGGAUCUUGAAAAUCGCUGUCAGUCUCUAUCUGAAGAGCUUGAGUUCCGUAAAAAUAUGUUUGAAGAGGUAAUUACUCCUAAAAAGUUUCAACGUUGAUGCUCUAAUAUAUCUAUUAGAAAGUUACAUAUGCCAGGCUCUGAUCCUGCAGUGACCUCUUACAACCAAAACAAUUGCUGAACUACUUCAGCCAGUACUGAUUUUUCUAAUGGCUCUCUGCUUCAAGCAAAAAAUGUCUUAUUUAAAAUACAAACCAUCCCAAGGCUGUUAUGAUAUCAUUUAUCAUAGAUAUUGUAUAUUUCUAUGCUCUUGGAGCUUUAGAAGCAUUGCUCGCCUAGCACUAGCACCCUCUGUUAGCAAUUUGGCACUAAAAUGUCUUAUACUGUCUCUGCAACCAUUUCUCACUCUCGAAGGGGGAGUAGUACAGUGACAGGGAGCAAAAGAACCACCCAUUGGAGAUUACCCGCUACUUACUCCUCUGCUUAAAACUGUAUGCUGAGGGAUGACAAAUCUCAGGUCGCCAUGGUGAUUUGUCCUGGCGCCUAGGAUUUGUUGAGCCCUGUAUUAAUCUCUACAUUUGCUUGCAUGUAAGCACAAGGUUCAAAUGUGCCACUAGCCAUUGAGUGAAAUCUAAUCGCUGGGAAGUAGAAAUUUACACAUGGAUCCUAUAAUUUAGCAAUAAGUUACUUUAAGCCUGUGCUAGCAUUUGUUUUAGAUGAAAUUUGAAUUCUCUUUAGAUGAAACCCAAUUUCUAUGGACCCAGAAAGAUAUAUUUUAAGAGCUGACUGGACAUGUAGAAAUACAGCAUCUUACUAUAGUCUCAUUGAAAGUGGGGGAAAAUAGUUACAAAAGAGUGUCGGCUUCCAUUUACUUUGGUAAAUGUUUGCAUUUUCGGUGAUCUUGGUUACAAAUAACAGUUCACAAGCAAAGUCAUGCACAGAUACCUUAUGAGACUAGUUGUGUUUUUUGUGUUUUUCUUUUCAUUCCCCAGGCCUAUUCUUCAAAAUUCUUAGAUUAUCUAGUAGUAAUGUAGAAAUAAGCUCAUCUCUCAUAAUUCCCUGUUCCUCUGAGUCGUCUUAUGAUUUUUUUUUUUCUUUCUAUAUUUGUAUGUAUGGUUCUUUUACAGGAAAUUAAGGAAACUCGAAGGAAGCAUGAGACUCGGUUGGUGGAGGUGGAUUCUGGUCGGGUAAUGGAAUAUGAACAUAAGCUUGCCCAGGCACUUGUUGAAAUGAGAACUCAACAUGAGGAGCAAGUUAAAAUUUACAAAGAAGAGCUUGAGAACACCUAUCAAGCUAAGGUAGGGAAAUGUAUAAUGGUUAAAAUUGUUUGCAGUAUCUUUAACAUCUGUGUAUAUGCAUCUACAAACAGCGGGACAGUGUUAGUAGCCUGCAAGAUCUAUAACUACAUUAAGCUGUAGUGGUUAUGGAACGGAGACUGCCUUUGCUAGUUCUAUGAAAGUUUCUGCAUGUCUUUAUUUUUUUCUGUCUCCCUCUUUCCUUUUCCCUGCGUUGUAUUUCGCAAGUGUAUGUUGUGAAACUGUCAUACGAGUAGCAAUACUUUGAAUUGUUUUUAAACCAAGCUAUGUUUGUGUGCAUGUAUAAAUUGACACGAUUACCUGACAAGCGUUUUUUUUUUCUCUUGUUAAUUUAAAAAAAAGAGAGAAAUUGUGUUAACAUUCUGUAUAGUGACUGCAUUUCCUUAGGAAAUCUACCAAUUCCUGUAUGUGGUUUUGAAAUUAAUGGACUUGUGAAAUGUCCGUAUUUGGUACACUUCCUGAUUUGGUGUGUUUGAGAAAGUAUAUUUGCUUUUCAGCUGGAGAACGCCAGGCUGUCUUCCGAAAUGAACAGCUCUGCAGCAAACAGCUCUCGGGAGGAGGUUAUGGAAAGCCGCCUGCGAAUUGAUAGCCUCAUGUCUCAGCUUUCUGAGCUUCAAAAGGAGGUAAUUAUGUGAGCAAUGAGGCAGCUCUACAUACUGCUUUGAAACGUGGAAAAAACUGUGUUGGUACAUUAUGAACAUGCCAAUAGUCCAACUUUGCAGAACUUCUAAAGGUGAAAAUGCACCAGACUGCUUCCACGCCAUUGUAAAUUAAAAUAAUUUUUUUCUUUUUUAAAAAGCUGCUUUUGAGUCAACUGUUUAAUUUCAACACGUGCCAUUUCUUUUAGUAUACAUCCGUCACAGGAGAGAACUAGGGUAUCUUCUGUUUGUUUAGUUACUCUCAUCCAGUGCACCUGCAUGCACCUAAGAGGAUAUCUGAGCCCAUAUCCUCUCUGCUGUUUUCUCCAUGUAUCUUUAGGCUGCCCUGCUUGCCUAGGGUUAUAACAUGUAUAAAUUUGUGCUGUUGUAGGUACACAAGCCCCGUGCCAUAGAUCUUUCUGGAUGUCUGGCAUAACCAGGAUAAUAUCCAUAGAUAUUUAUUUCCUGUCAGCAAUAUAUGUAAUGGAAUUGUGUGUCCUAUCUUUAUUUGGUGCAACUAAUUCAAAAAUCAUUCCAUAAACAGAUCAUGUUCAUUAAACCGUUUUUCCUCCCUUUUGAAUUGGUUAAUUUGGGUUUUCAAAGGGAGGAAAAACUGUUUAAUGAACAUGAUCUGUUUAUGGAAUGUGAUUUUUGAAUAUAGUUUUCCUUUCUGGUAUAGCUGUGUGCGGCCCGAAAAAUUUAUUUUUAUUUUUUUAACACUAGUCAAGAGCAUGGCAAGAACAAUUGCAAGAACUAGAAGAAAUGCUGGCUAAGGAGAAGGACAACAGCAGACGACUACUGGCUGAAAGGGAGAGGGAGAUGGCAGAAAUUAGAGAUCAAAUGCAGCAGCAGCUUAGUGAUUACGAACAACUUCUAGAUGUGAAACUAGCCCUGGACAUGGAAAUCACUGCAUACAGAAAACUGCUGGAAGGCGAAGAGGAAAGGUAAGCAAUUUAAUUGAUGUGUAGUAACACAUGGAAAAAAAACAGUAACACCUUGUUCUAUUGGAGACUGUCCUACAUGUUGGUGAAGGAACAUUAACCAUGAUUGACUUGGGUGCCCUCCAAACCUUUUCAUUCAGCCCUCCAAGUCAUUUCCUGUAGAAAUUACCCUAUAAGAAUAUAUUCUGUAAAAUACAUUCUUGUCUGCUAACCUGUUCGUAUAUUUCUUAGCCAGUGCUGUACUUGUUACACCUGUAUAUAUGUAAGACCAUUGUUUCACUUCCCCAAUUUGUACACUGUGAGCUCUAAAGUUUGUGUGAAGUAUCCUUGCAUAUGGACCAUGAUUGCUGUGUUUUUUUUUUUUUGCUGUUGUUGCUAGGAAGCCUUCAAAACUGUAGUUCUUGAUUCCAUAUUCUGGUACCACAUUUAUAAAAUGUCUUUGAGGCCUACUAUAAACCACAAAAGUGACCUUUUCAUAUGGCCGGUCUUCCAACGUUCUCCCUUACUAGGUUUGAUGCCUAAACUUCUGUUGUAUUUGCAAAUUGUCUUUAGCCCUGGACCCAGUGAGUUCUGCAUAUUAAGUUAUUGGAGUACCUCAUAUUACACACGUUUUACUGAAUAUAUUUUAUCUAAUUUCGAACUUCAUGUAUGCAAUAAUACCACACAAUGUUUUUCCAGAUUGAAAUUAUCUCCAAGCCCAUCUUCACGUGUGACCGUUUCUCGAGCUUCCUCAAGCCGCAGUGUUCGCACUACUAAAGGUAAAAGGAAGAGGGUUGAUGUUGAGGAAUCUGAGGCAAGCAGCAGUGUGAGCAUUGCUCAUUCUGCAUCUGCAACUGGUAACGUGUCUAUUGAUGAGCUGGAUGUUGAUGGAAAAUUUAUCCGACUUAAGAACAAUUCAGAGCAGGUAAGGCUGCUGGGUCAGCUAUGCUUCCAGUUUGACUAUUUUGACCUUAAAUUUGAAAUUCACUUUGAAUUCCUGGCAAUCCUCACUAGUGAAUAACCCUGAAAGUGCCAAAAUUUUGGUUUGGGGGAGUCUGUAUUACAUAUCCCAAUGUUAGACCACCAGUAUAGAAACAAGCGAUUUAUCUUUAGCCGAUGUACACUUUUAAGGCCACAUAUAGUAACGUUAAAACUAACUAGUUUAUUUACACAUGGAAGUUUUCUUGGGCCAAUGUUUGAAAGUCUGUAAACUCUUCCUGCUUUUUUUUUUUUAUUUUUUAACACAAUUCUACACAGGAUCAACCUUUGGGUGGCUGGGAAUUGACCAGAACUAUUGGAGAGACGUCUGUGAAUUACAAGUUUACCUCAAGAUACGUGCUCAAAGCAGCCCAGACUGUAACGGUAGGCAGAUAUGCUGGCUUCACUCACCAAUUACCAUAGUUAAAAAAAAAACAAAAAACUAUUUUUGUUAAAUUUAAUGUCCUUAUAAAAUUGUAGCGGAUUCUCUUGCGUUUUUUGGUUUAAUUUCCCCUAUUUCAACUUGUAAAAACAUGCAAUCUUUAUUCAAACUAGAUCUGGGCUGUAAAUGCUGGAGUUCCUGCAAGUCCACCAUCUGAUCUCAUCUGGAAGAACCAAAGCUCCUGGGGAACUGGCGAAGAUGUCCAGGUCAUCCUGAAGAAUUCUCAGGGAGAGGUGUGUUUUUGUGUUAAACUGACCACAAAAAAGAAACUCAUUAAAUAUGUGCAGGUUGAAAAGUCUCAAGUUCUAUUGCUAUAGUUUUGUGUUAACCUAUGCUAGUGGUUUAGGGGUUUCUCAAUGGAUUGUACAUUAUAAUGUGAAAUCUGGUAGCUGCCCUUAAUCUCUCCUUUAACAAUUGCAACUGUCUGAAGGAGGAAAUGUGUGUUAAAAAAAAUAAAAAUAAAAAUAUAUAGCUAUAUCCAUAUUCAGAUUCUGCUAGCUGCAUACUACUUAACAUUUUAAGGCAGGUGAUUUUAAUCUGUCAGAUUGAAUUUUGCCAUUCAGAUUACAUUUUGCUACCACUUUGAGUUUAGUGAAUUGACAUAUUAAGACACCAAAUCAUUUUAACAAAGACCGUUCCUUUUGAACCCACACCUGUCCUACCAAGGGAUUAUACUGCAAAUUCUGGAUGGGUGUCAGAUUUUGCUUAGACUACACUAGAAUGUAGCUCAAAGAAUUUAUCCAAAGCUGUUCUAUUUAUCACAAUCAAACUUUAGCCAGCUUGAGUCUGGUGUAACCUAGGGACCUGCUCAGUAUUGGUAAUGCCCUUCUUUUUCCUUUGUGAGCUACUGAUUUACUCCCUUGUUCUUGAAGGAAUUUAAAGUCCUAUUUGUGGGACAUUAUGUCCAUUCUGGAGACAUGUGUUUUGGGGUUUUUGUUUGGGGAUUAUUUUUAAAUAUAUCCUCAAUGAAAACAUGCAGCCAUUGAUGCGUACAUGUUUUCUUGGGGUCUAUCCACUAAAUGGCUUCCCCCUCCCCAUUAGUGUUCCUUUAAAUAUAUUGUGCAAAGGUGCAGCAGUCAAUUAGUUCACUUUUCUUUUUUUUUUUUUUCUACUAUGUGUAAGUUUCUAAUUUGUUUUUUUUUUUUAACAUGGUAAAUUACAGUUCAAAGGCAGUUGGCUACAAGUUGUAUUAGUUAGGGUUAAUCUACUUGUGUCUCUGCAGGAAGUAGCUCAAAGGAAAACUGUGUAUACAACCACUAUACCAGAAGAGGAAGAAGUGGAGGUGGAAGAAGAGGACAUUUUUGAAGAGACACAAGAACCCCGCCGUAAGAAGGUAUGUAGGUUGAUCUUGAUCGGUCCCAAUGUAGAUUUGGAUUGUAACAUCCACAGUUAGUUUAGAAUUGUUUUGUAUUUUAGUUUAUCUAUCAGAAAGCUAAUUGCAGUAAACCAGCAUAAACUCAUUGUGUGCCAAAGCAGUUUGAUUUGUACAUACUGGGGGCCAUGACAACUUUGCUAUUUAUGUGAAGAAAAAUCUCACUUGAGUCUAUAUAUUUUUAUUUUUAUGUUUGUAAAUAUUGCCUGUCUGUCCUGGCAUUGUUAAUAUAACUUCACACAAUAGCAUACUUUCAUGGGUAUAGUACUAUAAAAUGAAUGGGUGUGCAUGCAGUUAUUUAGCAAUUUUUGGCAUAGGCCUAAAAGCUUGGAGCAUUUAUGGUAAUGAUGUUGCUGCUGGUUUCAAAUGCAUAAGAAUAUAAAUAUAUAUAUAUAUAUAUAUAAUUUUUUUUUUUUUUUUUUUUUUUUUAAAUGACAUUUAUCCUUUAAAGGGACACUCCAGUGCCAGGAAACACAGGUCCCCUAUCCCAGGUUGCUGAAGGGGUUUAAACCCCUUCAGUGACUUACCGGAGUUCAGCGCCGAUGUCCCUCGGUGCUGGUCCAGGGUCUGCCCACACUCCUCCCCCGGCGGGAUGAGACCUAAUGAGCUGCCGUGCACGCGCAUUAGACAUCCCCAUAGGAAAGCGUUGAAAAAUGCUCUCAAUGCUUCCCUAUGGGGAUUUUAGUGUGAGGAUGUCCAGCGACGCUAUAGCACAGAAAAUAUGUGGUAUGAACCAGGAAGUGUCCUCUAGUGGCUGUUUAGUAGACUGCCACUAGAGGAAGAGUUAACCCUGCAAGGUAAAUAUUGCAGUUUAUGAAAACUGCAAUAUUUACAGUUGCCGGGUUAAGGGUAGUGGAAAUUGGCACCCAGACCACUCCAAUGGGCAGAAGUGGCCUGGGUGCCUGGAGUGUCCCUUUAAGUAGCAAGUGCUUCUAGUGGAUGUCUUCCUAACAGCCAUUAGAUGCAUGUACUCAGACAAAUGUAAGCAUUGGCAUUUUUAUUAAUCUUUAUUCAGUCUGGAAUUAGAUUAAAAUGGGGUUUUGGUGCUUAAUGAACUCUUUUAAAAAUUUGUGAAUUCACAAACUUCAUCAGAAAAACCUUGUUUGAAAGUUAAAAUGUCAAAUGUUUUGCAUCUGAUGGUAUAUACCCUCUUUCACAAACAAUUUUUGUCUGAUUAUCAGAUCUGUAAUGUAGUUAGUCAUGGAAAACAAAAGGCAAAUAACUGGUCUUUACAGAGUUUAUUUUUAAUUUUUUUUUUUUUUUGUUCCCCCUUCUGGUUAAUACGGAUUGGUGCAUCCAAAAAGCAUUUUAGUGUCACAGUAGCGGCGGAGAUGUUGGGGCCACGAAUACUGUCAUACACUGAUACUGUAUAUAAGGGGUUAAAAAAAGAUCAUUAGAUAUAUAAAAUGUUUUUGUUUUUCAGCAAGGGGAACGAGGCUGUGCUAUCAUGUAAUCUGGAUUCUGGAAUAUUCCCUCUAAACAGAUCUGAGCCUUCUGGAAGCGUCAACUAUUUUUGUAUUCUCAUACAAUUUUUUUAUUUUAAAGAUGCCAAUUUUGAUGGCCUUAUUUUCUUUUUAUAAUGGAAAAAGAACAUCGGACAUUUUGUAAUGUAAUUGAUCUGUGACUUGCAAAAUGUGAAAGAACUGGUUUGUGCGCUGAUUGUAUUCGGGGUUUUAAUGCAGUAAUGAAAUAAUGUGACUGCACAGCCAAUCUGAAUUUCUUUUUUGCCACAUGUUGGUCAUAUGACUAGUGUGGCUCCUCAUUUGGAGAAUGUCUGCAUUCAACUUUUCUACUGACUUAAUUUUAAAAGUGAAGCAAUUUCAGUUCUUGUUAUAUGAAUGUUUUGUACUGUUUUAAAAAUAAUUCAGCUGUUUUUAUUCAACUUUUUUUAGACUAGUGGGUGGGGUUGUUAGCUAUGUUAAAAGGUUAUGUGAACAAAAAUAAAACAAUACUGGUUUUUAAUGUAUUUUUUUUUUUUUAUUGUGUGCACUGAAAUUGCAGAGCUGCAUAUAACAAGACCCACUUGUGUUUGGUAGCCAAAGUUUAUUUUGGUGGUUUUAUAAAGUCUGCUUGACUAUAAUAGACAUGUUGAAAGUAGUGUGUGGUGGUUUUUUUUUUUUUCUCUUCAAAACUUGGGUCAUAAGCAUCACUAUGAAGCAUGUGGACCCGCUGCUGGGUGCUCACAUAAUAUCCAUAACUCGCUGAAAAAUUAAACUAUUAAUUAUGCAUGGAAUUAUCCAA